GAUGGUGACCUGCAUGAACCACGUGGGAAAGGUUGCUGAGAUAUCCAAGCACCGCCAAGGAAGCGGUUUGGUGAAUUAUUGACGUUAGGCAAGAUUCCUCUUGCCUUUAAGCCGAGAAAAGGAUGAGCUUCUUGCAAGAUGCCGUUAUCAUGUUCUCAUCCCAGGUAAUUUUUUUUGCUGGUGGCUGGGUAUUCUUUAUGAAGCAAUUAUUCAAGAACUAUGAGGUCCAUCACAUCAUGGUGCAGUUAAUUUUCUCCAUAACAUUUGCUUUAUCAUGCACCAUGUUUGAGCUCAUCAUCUUCGAGAUCCUUGGCACAAUGGAAUCAAGUUCCCGAUACUUCCACUGGCGCCUUGGGCUAUAUUCAAUGUUGUUCAUGGUCAUCAUUGUUCUUCCCUUCUAUAUUGCUUAUUUCGUCUUGAGCAGUCUCAGAUUUGUGCAGAGAAAGCAGAUUGGACCACUGACACUUGUCUCCUGGGUGGCUUUCCUAUACUUCUUCUGGAAAAUUGGGGAUCCUUUCCCCAUUUCCAGUCCUAAGCAUGGGGUGCUAUCCAUAGAACAGUUCAUCAGUCGCAUAGGAGUCAUAGGUGUCACGGUCAUGGCCUUCUUGUCUGGCUUUGGUGCUGUCAAUUAUCCUUACACUUCAAUGACCUACUUCAUGAGGCCAGUGACAAUCAAUGACAUCAUUGCCAUUGAGAAGAAACUGCUACACACAUAUGAUAUGAUUUUGAUUAAAAAGAAGAGAAUUGCCAUGGCCCAACGAGAUCAGCUUCUGCGUUCAAAAUCAGGAUCAAGUGGAUCUGGUAUUUGGGGAAUGCUGCGGAGUGUUGCCACAAACCCACUAGUUUCCUCAGGUGAGAACAUAUCUCAACUUAAGGAAGAAGUGGCUGCUCUUGAAGACUUCAGUCGUCAGCUGCUCCUUGAGGCUGUGGACAUGCACAGCAUGAGGGAACGCAUUGAGUGGGCCAAGACCUUUCGUGGAAAGUAUUUCAAUGUCAUGGGAUAUUUCUUCUCUCUCUACUGUCUAUGGAAGAUAUUUAUUUGCACAAUCAAUAUCUUAUUUGGGAGGGUGGCACGAGUUGACCCUGUAACUCGAGGCAUUGAGAUAGCUGUCCAUUACAUGGGUUUUCAAAUUGAUGUGAAGUUCUGGAGCCAGCAGAUCUCAUUCUUCCUUGUUGGCUGCAUUGUUGUAACUUCUAUUCGGGGCCUCCUCAUCACUCUUACAAAGUUUUUUUAUGCCAUCUCCAGCAGCAAGUCUUCAAAUGUGAUUGUGCUAGCCCUGGCACAGAUCAUGGGCAUGUACUUUGUGUCAUCAGUGGUAUUGAUGCGUAUGAACAUGCCAGCUGAAUACCGAACUAUCAUCACACAGGUCUUGGGGGAACUACAAUUCAACUUCUAUCAUCGAUGGUUUGAUGUAAUCUUUCUCAUAAGUGCCCUUUCCAGCAUUGGAUUUCUUUAUCUAGCCCAUAAACAAGUCCCUGGAGACAGGGAGAUAUCAUGACCAGAUGGGAAUGAAUCAAUCAGUUUCCAUGUCUGUGAUGUCCUGUGA